UGUUGCUAGGGUUUCGUUUCGCCUCCCAAUCCUCCGACCGAUGGCGGCCGAGGAAGGCGAGAAGAAGAUGAUCACGCUCAAGAGCUCGGACGGUGAGGAAUUUCAGGUCGAGGAGGCGGUCGCCAUGGAGUCGCAGACCAUCCGCCACAUGAUCGAGGACGACUGCGCCGACAACGGCAUCCCGCUCCCCAACGUCGACUCCAAGAUCCUCUCCAAGGUCAUCGAGUACUGCAAGAAGCACGUCCAGGCCAGCCCCAAACCGGCCGACUCCGGCGCCGCCGCCGACGCCAGCUCCUCCACCUCUACUGCAGCCGCCGCCCCUGCCGAGGACCUCAAGAGCUUUGAUGCCGAGUUCGUCAAGGUCGACCAGGCCACCCUCUUCGACCUCAUCCUGGCUGCAAACUACCUCAACAUCAAGGAAUUGCUCGACCUUACUUGCCAGACAGUUGCAGACAUGAUCAAGGGAAAGACUCCGGAGGAGAUCCGCAAGACUUUUAACAUCAAGAAUGACUUCACACCCGAGGAGGAGGCGGAGAUCCGCAGGGAGAACCAGUGGGCUUUUGAGUAG